AGGUAAGCCAGUGCAGAGGUGAGCGUCCAGUCCUACCCCUAGGAGGUGUCAUGGAAAGAAAAACCCAGGCCUUCCUCCUGGCAUUAGGCCUGCCCACCACAGGAGCCAGUGACUUGUUUGAGGACAACAGUCCCUUCUACUAUGACUGGGAGGGCCUGCAGCUGGGUGGCAUGAUCUUCGCAGGGCUCCUGUGCAUCGCUGGGAUAGCCUGCAUCCUAAGUGGCAAGUGCAAGUGCAAGCAGAGCAAGGGGCCCAGACUUAGGGACAGCUCUGCACUCUGGGAAGACAGAAGACCCCACUGCUGGUUGGUGCUAACUGCUUCUGUCCUUCCUGCAGCCCCUCCACCUGAGGGAAUCUCAUUCCUCAAGGCAGGCACCAGUGGCUGCUGAGCCCAGGACCAGAUGGGUGGGACCUGCUGCCCACCACCUUGCUGCUGGAUCCCUCUCAGAAUGGCCUGGUCACUUGUGGAGCUUAUUUAUCUAUUAAAUGGUCCCACCACUGUGCUUAUA